AGUCCGGUUAUUGGAAUCGAAGCCAGUCCCUCGCAAGCUGGUCAGACUUUCUGCAGCAAUGACGGCUGCACGUCUGUCGCCAGCAGCGAGCUUGCUGCGCAGCUCGAAACUCUUCGCUCUUCCACCACAGUUAUCGCUUCCACCUACACCUCCUUCGGCCGAUCCUCCUGCAUACUCAGACACAGCUACCACUCCAUAUCCCAUUCGACCAGCAAUCGAGACUCCUACUUCCUCGUUAAAUCAAGGCGACUGGGGUCUAAAGCGAGCAUUGCCGAUCAAAACCACAACAAAAUCUGGCACACCAGUCAUUCGGAUACAAGGGGGAAUCGAUACUCAAGAGCAUAUCGCCGACUUCGAAUCCGCUGCUGAUCAUGUCUUGACUCUACGGAAAUUCCAAGAAUUGCAACUCAGGGUCACUCUGCCAACAGCGAGGGACGUACCAGACUCGCAGCGCACAAGCGCAUUCCAUCCAGAAGUUGAUCAUACCACCGAUGUUGAAUCAUCCACAUUAGUAGAGAAAGCCACGACUUCAUGGCUGGAGAAAUCUCCAUUGGAGCGUGUUGCACGGCUACCAAAACAUCUCAAAGAUACGUUGGAUGAAGUUGCCAGGACUCGAACGGCAGAAGCUGGGUUCGAGAAGCCUGCUGCCCUGACAUCUCCUGCACAAGCACCCUUUACGUCGACCAAACGAAGAUGGCGCUACGCAGGCCCGUACUUGGCAGGAAUGAAUGGUAUGGAGUUUGAAAGCUUCCUGAACAAGAUCACAAGAGAACAGAGGAUCGAGUUCAGAGCGUAUGUGAAACAACACUUAAUCAACGAGCGGCUGCAAAAGCAUCGAGCAGAAGCUCUGGAGCAGGGGGAGACUGAUACUGCUGAACUCCCAUCAAAAGAUGCCACCGAGGAGGAAGUCACGGAAUAUCUUCGCCAUCUGCGAUCAGAGCCUGGCAAAUUCGGUCCCCUUAUAGCCAGCUUUUUCGAUCUUGCGGACGCGCCGAACCCGUCUCCCGGGUCCGCAGAUCCUUGGUCAUAUGGUCGCGACACAAUUUCAGCAGACUCCUACAGAGAGUCUGGGCCACCCACCACUCAUCCCUCAGCAGGCUUGUCGUACAUCAAAUCAGAGAAAUUUUCGCGAAACGACACCAAGGUUGGCCCAUUGGAGCAUCGUCCUCCGGUACCAGCCCGCUUGCUGAAGUCGAUACCCACGUCGCACAGGAGAUAUCUCCCUCGAGUCGGUGUAGCUGGCUUUGUGGUCCCACCGCCCACGGGCGAUGGGUUUGCUGGUGACUACAGCUGGCAAUGGGAACCCAAGAAGGAUGGACCCAAGUUGGUUGUAACUCCCAAUUCCGGAUCAGUUUCGCAAGCUGGAAAACUGGAAAUGACCACGAAACUGGAAAAGAAUUGGCUCGUGGAGGACGAUGUACCUGUCAAUAAGCAAGAAAAGUCUGCAAGUCAGGUCAGCGCAGCGCGGCGCUCUACGUCCACACAGUUGCCUCCUCUCGACGGUUUAUCUACGCGACGCCCGAAUCGUAGGGUAACGAGACCUCCUCCUGAGCCCAGUCAAGACAUCAGCGAAGAGUGGGAUAUGUUGGUCCGAACCGCUGCUCAGAAUGCGAUGAGCAAACAAACAUAGAUGUACAAACAACUGUAUAGAAAUAAUUCCCGGCUCAAUAAUAGAGUUAGGUGCAUUGCUCUCUCCGGAGAGUCUUUUAAACGUAUUACGUAAUCAAGCACAACUCUUGGCAAGAGCGCAC